GUGACAACAGGCUGUAUGGCUGGUGUGUGGUGUGGUGUAGCGUUUCUCUGGAACGGGAGAAGAACAGCGUAAGCGGCUACGGCCUGCGCUAUUCUGUGAGGAUCUGAAGACCAGAGUUAGUCAAGCAGUAGAGUUUCGAGAAACUCUCGAUCACGGAUUCGCUGAAUGAGAGGAAGUAGCUCAACGGAGCUGUGAACGGACCGAGUUGGAUUUUAUUGGUCUCCGGUCAGAGUAGAAUAGCGAGAUGACUUCGAGUGACCACAGCUUUCGAAUCGUACGGAUUAGGUGAAGGAUGGUCCUCCUUGCUCGGACGUCUUGUGAGGGUGAAUCACGACUUUCGGGGAAGAUCUCAGCUGACGAAGUUGUACCUCUGGACUGUCACGCGAGUUGCAGUCGGGGAGCUCAAUCCGUUCAAGUGAUAGAAUGGCUCUGCAAAAAAUUUUGAGCUUCUACGCUGGAAGCAGUGACGAUCCUCGAGAAGUGCGAGAAGUCCGCUUCACCUGCUACAAAGAAUGCAAAGUGAACGAUGCUACGGAGGACAUAGUUCUCUACGAACUCCCGGAACCUCAACGAGAGAAUAACAAUAAAAUAAAAGAUGAAAAGCCCCUCUCCAGAUUUGACCUCAUCGUGAGAAACGUGAAGAACAAAGAUUAUGGUGUUAGCCUCCGACGAUUCGUAGACAAUAGCGAAGCUCAGCAGCAGUUCGCACUGUUACGCGAAAAACUCCCGCAGCUGCUGGAGAUCCACGAGUCGUUCCCGAGUAAAGAACUUUUCCGAAACUACAGUAAUUGCGCUUUGGAGAAUCCUUCGUGGUCCGUGGCGCACAUAGCAGUCGCAUUGAAUCUUUUGGAUAUUCUGAGGAGCCCGUCUGUGACUAAGUAUCUCGAUACGAAAUGUGAAAUCACAGGCAAGACACCGCUGCACCUAGCGUUAGAGCUGCAAAAUGCACCUGCACUACAGGCGCUUCUCGAUCAAGGAGCUAGAGUUGAUGUCGUCGACAAUCGCGAAAAUUCGCCGUUCCACUACGCUAUAAAAACAGAGACAAAGUCAUUCCUAGAGAUGAUCUGCAGAGCGCCGGGUGCUGCCACAGGAAUCAACCAGAGGAAUCUCUACGGCGAGACUCCCCUGCAAGCCGCGUGCAUGGCCGGCUUGAGUGCUUGCGUAGAGACACUGCUGAAGCAGGGCGCGGACGUGAAUUCGGCCUCGUUCAGCACCUGUACCACGGAAGGACGGGUCGUGGGAGACAGAGAUCUGGGAUUUUUCAGUGAACGCCAAAUGAGGAAAGGCGGAACUCCGUUGCAUUGGGUGAAAUCGCGAGCGUCUCUGGAGCUCAUGAUCGACAUCGGAUGCGACUUGAAUGCGAGGAACUCCUGUGGGGACACCGCUCUACACGUGAUGGCUUCGAAGCGACGCCUGGAGUCUUUGAUCUGGCUAUUGAUCGAAGGCGCAAAUGUCAAUGCGCGAGGCUGCGGCGGGGAUACACCUCUGCACGUCGCUGUGCGAUCCGCGAGGGUACCGAAGCCGCAAGACGCAUGGAUGCUUUUCAAACAGAAAGUCGAGCAGAAGAAUUACGGACGACAGAAGCAUGACGGGCUCUCCAUCGUUCAGAUUCUUCUUGCGUUCGGUGCUGAUCUCAACAGUGUCAAUACCGCCGGAGACACCCCAAGACACAUUGCUGCUGUGAUGGCUUCCAAUACGCACAACCCACGCUUAGAUCAGCUGUUAUUCGUCCUUCACGCGGUAGGUGCCAAGCGGUGUGCGAAGAGAAGCCCUCUAUGCACUGAAGGAUGUAGUCCCGACGGGAGCUUCGACGGCGUGCCUCCUCAGGACUUUUGCAAAGAUCGCAUGAAAAUCUUCGAUGAAGCGCUGAGCGCGGAUAUUUUGAAAGAGACUCUGGAACGGAAACGCAAAGGUCUGUACAAAGGCAAACGAUGCCGGGCAUUGUCUGUCGAUGGCGGCGGUGUCAAAGGCUUGGUAACGCUGAGAACACUGAAAUGUCUCGAGGAAGUCGUAGGGCAACCGAUCUUCAGCUGUGUCGACUGGGUUAUCGGAACCAGUGCUGGAGGUAUCUCGACGUGUUGUCUCGCCUGCGGCCACAGCUUGGACGUAGCCUUUCGAACCGCUUUCCGUCUAAAAGAGAAGUUCAUCGUCGGACCACGGCCGUACAAUACGGAGGGCCUUGAAGAAUUCUUCAAGCAGUCAUUCGGAGGCGAGACGAAGUUCUCUGACAUCAAAAGUCCCAGGUUCGCGGUGACAGCGGUCAACGCCGAAGUCUGGCCGACUCGACUGAAGCUGUUCCGGAACUAUGUCAAACCCAGAUCUUUGUUGGAAAAGAAGCCUGAAGCUCCAGAUGACGAAUUCGUAUGGUCUGCAGCUAGAGCGACGGGCGCUGCUCCGACAUUCUUCAAGCCUUACAAACAGUAUCUCGACGGUGCGAUCAUAUCGAACAAUCCUACCCUGGACUUGAUCACCGAAAUCACCGAAUACAACGCCGCGAUGAAGGAUAAACCCUCUGAGUGUUACGAUGUUGACAUCGUACUCUCAGUUGGCGGCGGCAUGCGCCCCACGGCAACCGUUGGGACGAUUGAUGCUCUCCAGCUGGAUCCUGGACUUUUCGGAGCAGCCAAAGUUGCUUAUUCCGUGGGGCAUCUUAUGAAAUUCGCUGUGGAACAAAUCGCAGAACCCGACGGACGUCACGUUGAUCGUGCCAGGGCUUGGUGCUAUGGAAUCGGGGUGCCGUAUGCUCGUUUACAGCCUGUUUUGUCACAAAAUAUACCGGUGAAUGAGAGCGACAACAGGGUCAUCGCCAAAAUUCUGUGGGAGACGAUGGCUUGCUUUAAACAAUUUCCGGAUGAGAUGUCCAUGAUCGCUGAGCUAUUGCGCGACGAGGGGAAACCAACGAAAUAAGUUAUCGGAGCGUCCUCUGAAUGAAAGGGUUUUCCAUUUGGCUGUUGGGGCUCGGAGUUGUUGUUGCGGCUGCAAAAUUUUCUUCUCCUCUUGGGGAACGGGCACCUCAAAGAAGGAAUAGUAAUUGGGGAGAAUUCCAGCUCGAUAUUCUGAUCAGCUCUGCUUUAUUACCCGACAACUCCCUUCGGGGGAAUGGAGUGAGACCUGGGAGCGCUUCCCAGAAUUUCCUUGAGGUCGGCUUAUGCAUCAACCAAAGUUUUAAAUCGAUCAGAGGGGUAUGCACACGGCAACUCGAUUUCCGUCGCCCAGGCAUCACUCAAACGUUCACGCCGGACCCUUAUCAUUCCGAAAAACACAUCAUGGGGCCUCAUGUCAAUUUGCACCGGUAGAUGAUGUUUUAUAUG